AUGUCUUCCAGCAAUGAUGUCUACCAGACUCCUCUCAACUCGCGCUAUGCGAGCAAUGAGAUGAAGUACCUCUUCUCCCCCCGCAACCGCUUCUCGACCUGGAGACAGCUGUGGCUGUGGCUUGCCGAGUCGCAGAAAGAGCUGGGCCUGCCCAUCUCGGACGAUGCCAUUGAGCAGAUGAAAGCCCAUACCACCAUCCAGGACGACGAAUUCAAGGUUGCGGCCGAGGAGGAGAAGCGCCGGAGACACGAUGUCAUGGCUCACGUUCAUGCCUACGGUCAGGUCGCCCCCGCCGCCGCGGGUAUCAUCCACUGGGGUGCCACCUCCUGCUACUGCACCGACAACGCGGAUCUCAUCUUCCUCCGCGAUGGUCUCGACAUCCUCAUCCCCAAGCUCGCCGUCGUCAUUGACAAGCUCUCCGCCUUUGCCCAGCAGUACAAGGACCUCCCCUGCCUCGGCUUCACCCACGGCCAGCCCGCUCAGCUCGUGACUGUCGGAAAGCGCGCGUGUCUGUGGAUUCAGGAUCUCCUGAUGGACCUGCGCAACCUGGAACGCGCCCGGGACGACCUGCGUUUCCGCGGUGUCAAGGGUACCACCGGUACGCAGGCUUCCUUCCUGCAGAUCUUCGACGGAAACCACGACAAGGUGGAACAGCUGGAUGAGCUCGUGACGAAGAAGGCCGGCUUCAACUCCGCUUUCAUCAUUUCCAGUCAGACCUACUCGCGCAAGAUCGACGUCGACGUCGGCAACGCGCUCGGCUCCUUCGGAUCGACCUGCGAGCGCAUCGGCAUCGACAUCCGUCACCUGGCCAUGCUGAAGGAGGUCGAGGAGCCGUUCGAGAAGGACCAGAUCGGCAGCAGCGCCAUGGCGUACAAGCGCAACCCCAUGCGCUCGGAGCGUCUGUGCUCGCUCGGAAGACACCUCCAGAACCUCCCCAAGGACGCCUUGGACACCUACUCGGCCCAGUGGUUCGAGCGGUCGCUUGACGACAGCGCCAUCCGCCGCAUCAGUAUCCCCGAGCUCUACCUCUCGGCCGAUGCCUGCCUGAUCCUCCUCAACAACGUCACCUCCGGCUUCGUCGUCUACCCCGAGGUCAUCAAGCGGCGCGUCAACGACGAGCUGCCGUUCAUGGCCACCGAGAACAUCAUCAUGGCCUGCGUCAAGAAGGGUCUCUCCCGUCAGGACGCCCACGAGGAGAUCCGUGUUCUCUCCCACCAGGCCUCCGACAACGUCAAGAAGCAGGGCAAGGACAACGACCUGCUCGACCGCGUCCGCCGCACCCCCUUCUUCGCCCCCAUCCUCGACGAGCUCGACGCCCUCCUCGACCCCAGCACCUUCGUCGGCCGUGCCCCCCAGCAGGUCGAGAAGUUCACCUCCACCGAGGUCAAGAAGGCCCUGCAGCCGUACGAGAGUUACCUCGCCAACGCCGAGACUUCUGCCCUCAGCGUCUAA